AUGCAACACAUUACAGCGAAGCUCAUAUCUGAGAUGGCGACCUAUCUAAUCACCGGAACGGCGAAGGGGCUCGGCUUUGAGCUGACGAAGCAACUCUCCGAGCUACCAGAAUCACAGGUAUCCAAAAUCUUUGCAGUAACACGUAGUCCACCAUCCACGGCAUUGAGCGAUCUAAUCACUCGCAACAAUGGACGGAUCGUCAACAUCAUUGCGUCAGUCGACGAUACCAAAAGUGUAGAGAACGCGGCCCAAGAGAUCAAAGGCCAGCUUGGGUCCAAGGGUCUAGACGUUCUCAUCAACAACGCCGCCAUACAGCAGCAUAGUCCCAACAACAAGAUGGAGGACUUCAGUGCAGCUGAUUUCUCCCGGAUCCUUGAAACCAACCUUGUAGGACCCCACCGCGUGAUCACAGCAUUUUUGCCGCUUCUCCGAGCAGGUACACAGAAGAAAAUAAUCAACAUCUCCUCGACUAUGGGUUCUAUUGCGUGGGCAGACGCUAUGAACAUUGCUCAAGGGUCCGCAUACAAGGUUUCUAAGGCAGGCCUUCACAUGCUCAACAAGCAAUUCUCUUUAGAUCUCGCCGAAGAGGGGUUCACGUGUCUUCUAGUAUCCCCGGGGUGGCUCAAGACAGAUCUAGGUACCGAUUAUGGCGAUUUUACUGUCGAUGUCGGCGCUGCCGAGAUCAAAAGAAUUGUCCUUGCAUCUACGCCGGCUCAGAAUGGCAAGUUCCUCAACAUACACGUUCCUGGCCACGAAAAAUCACCGGGCAGGUAUGAUGGGAAGGAGAUCGAGUGGUGA